CUGGCAACUUACAUUGCUGUAGUUGGUUUUGGAAUGAUUAGAUUCAAUUCAUGUUCCUCUUGAUUUGCAAGGAUAUCCAAAGAAAUUAUGGAGUUUUUAACAAUAAAUGCACAAAAGGGUUCAGCCGAUAGACUGAACUACUAAGACAAAGCUUAAAAGAAGGAUUAGUGGUUAGGGCCACUAGCUACUCGAAAAGCGCCGUGGAUAUAGUUGGAUAGCGGAUUUCUGUCUAAUACUAGCUUUCAUUUUGGAUUGUGUCUUGCUGCAGCCUUGACGAGUAUAAGAGUAUCAGACUCUCUAUUUGGAAGAAAUACUGUAUAAAGUCUACACUUUGAAACAUCGGAUCGAUUUAAUGGUGUCUGGCGAAUGUUCUGCCUGGAGAGAAACCACGCUAUUAUAAUUAGACCACUGCGGUGUUGGUUGACCGUCUUGGAUAGGGCCAGCAUUCGUAUUAAAUGUGCAAAUGUCUUUAUAAAAGAAAAGCGACAAUAAUAAUUCUGAGAGCUCUGCGAUUGGUGCCAAGUUAGUCAUAUAAAGUAAUUCUAUUGGAUAAAAAUGAAUAUGCCCACGUGCCGGGAAAUGGACUGCUUAAAUGUACACACGACAGUAGAGUUAUUAGGAAAGAAAUAGAUUCCCGGUAACAAGCUAUUAAACAUUAUGAGCAACAUUUCUACAAUGGAAAUAAAUUCAAUGUUCACCGUGGAUUAUUUUACACACACUUCUGGAUAGUAUACCCCACACACAGUACAAAUUUCCGGACGAAGGCGUAUUACUGGAAUUAUUAAAGUCGGAGGCCUAUUUAUUUAUAUAAUAGAAUAGAAUAAAAUGAGGUUGUUACAUUCUAGUUGUACUGGUUAAAAAGAUAACGUACAAAAAGUGAGUAUGCUUGCGGCUAUUACGUCCGGCCUAGACUUGAACCUUGCAACAACGGGUCCGACAUACAUGAACACAGGUCCCACUGCGGCAGCUGAGAUGCCUCCAAUUAAAGACACAGUGACCAAAGAUGACAAUUUGGGUCAUUUUGGAUUCACAAAUCGAUUUGAACAAUUGAUUAACAAAAACACAAAGAGACAUAGACGUUCUGAUACGGCACCGUAUCAUGGAUAUCUUUGCUCCGCACACCAGGGGCAAAUAUUAACAAUAUUUCAGAACGGAACAGUUGGAGGAACACCAAUGAAGAAUCCGUACUCACCAUAUGCUAGAAUAAUAUUUGAACAUAUUGUAAUACCAUCCAUGUUGCUGUCUACGUUUGUGCCAACAAAGCCAUCCAACGGUGCAAAAAUUCCAUCUUCAAAUUGCAAUUACACGAAACUACCACUGUUUCAGUUAAAAGGCGAGAAGAGCAAAUUUUACGUGUGUAUGAAUCACAAAGGAAACUUAUAUUCAUCACGAAAUCCAGAUGAUCUGUCUGAAUGUAGAUUCAUGAGAGAGUAUCUAAGAAAUCGUUUUGUGACAUUUAAAAGUUGUAAAUAUCCAGAAGACAGGUCUACGGAUUACCUUAUAGCAUUGCGGAGAGACGGUAAAACAUAUUCUGGAUCCAAUCACAGACUGACAAAUAGUACCUCUGUACAUAAUUCAGCGUGGUUCCUUGAAAGUAUACUUAAGAAAAAUAGCGAAUUUGACGCUAAUCCUUUAAUAAAUGUAUUUAAGAAUCUAAAAGGCACAACCCCAAAACCAAUAGAACCAACCAAAAAAACAAUAGAACCCAGCAAAAAAGACAGAAAGGGUUGUAAGGAAAAGAUUAGACAUAGCAGAAAAUGCAGAAAAGAUAAAAGUAGGACUAAGAAAUGUAAACAUCAAAAACGUAUGGAAAGGAAGUGUAAAGGACGUAAAAAAGGAAAGGUACGUAAAAACAGAGAGAGAAAUCAUAAUAAAGGUAAAGGUAAUAAAAAGAAAAACAGAAAGAAUAGAAAGAACAGGAGACGACAAAGGCGAACAAGUACAACAACCGCAACAGUGACCAGAUCAUAGCAAUAAUCCCGUGUAAUAUAGAGUAAAGUAGAACAUUCUAGAAAUUUCAGGAUUACAUUUGAAAAUUCUUAGAACGUUCAUAUAAAUGAAAUAAUAUACAACGAAUCAGAUCUGAAACUGUUAAACAGUUACAACAUCCCAAAAUACAAUAAAAAUGAUGCAUGGAAAGUCAUGAAAUGACAGACAGUGUUUAAGCCAGUCUGACGAUGCCAGUCUGUGAUGGCACAAUAAAACUGCAUGUCGAAAAAACAUAUACACUGGCUUUGCUUUCACUACUUAAGGUCUCUGAUGCAUCAUGGAAUAUACAACACAUGGGACACUACACUGAUGCCAAAGUAAUUAUAUUGAGUGCCUACAAGACUUAUAUAUAAUACAUAGUAGUAGACACAUGUAUUUAACUUAUUGCAUAUUUAUUACAUUGUACAUUUGGUGUCAGAGCCACUAUACAUAUUAAAGAAUAAUAAGUGAUUAUCACAUUCUCUUGCCAUUCUCAGUUCAAC